AUUGUUUAACCAUGCGGCCCUGCUGAAAACAUCACUCACGACAUAAUAGAGGGCUUGCAGCCAUUCGUCGCCUGACAUGUCUAAACAUGUUGGCUGUGUUUUUACUGCUAUAAAAUAGCGCAUUUGUUUAAAAUAACAAACAGAACUAUUGUAGGGGAUUGCUGCGAGAGAUUGCUGGGAUACUGCGAGAGAGUGGUGUUGAGCUGCGGCGAUUGUUUUGGGAUUGUUUGUGAUUGUUUUUGGGGUGUUUGGAACGUAUUUUCCGAGUGUUUGUGUGCUUUAAUUGUUUAGUGGGUGGCUGUGUUAUUUCUAUUUAUUGUUCUUAUUUUGGUCGGCGUGAGUGCUUGUCUGUCCUGUCUGUUUAUUAACAGCGCGAUUGUUACGGGCAGUGAGCUGCGUUUUCUGUUCGCGUUUAACUCCGUAAAAAACACCGGCGGGGCGAAAUAGCUAAUAAUAUCUAACGUCGGUAACGUUACUCAGCGCCAGAAAAGGACAGUUGCUCCUGAGCUUUGCUCGGUCGCCAGUCGGGGCCGGGAGGACAUUUUCCACUUUUUUCCCCGCUCCGGCAGUAGGUUUUUUGUGGUUUUUCGACCUCCCAAGAGCAACUUCGAUUUCGUUUUGUUUUUAGUUCAUACUUGGUUCAAGCAGAAGUUCUUUUGAUUAACGUGAGACACGGUUGUGUAGUAAGAAGUGGUACCGAAUUGAAAUUAUGAUCUAUUCAUGUCUUUGCUUUUUGAAUAUUUAAAUAAGCAGCAGUUCUAAAUGUUUAUGAUCGAAAGCACCAGGAAUAUAGAAGCAUCGCCUAAGAAGAUGGUGUCACAUCUAUGCCUUUUUGUUUUUGCUGUGUUUGGCCUCAGAUCGAUCAUAGCCGAUAAGGUGAAGUGUAAGACUUCGGUUGACAGCAGAACUGCAGUUUUGGACUGCCACAUACCAUAUCUGACAACUACUUCUCCAGUACAGAAAGAACCGGACAAUGUUCCUGUACCAGUGGAUCCUGCUGCGCCCUCCAUGGUUCCUGUCCUGGUGGUUUCUGCUCCACCUUCCAUGGUUCCUGUCCCCGCUCCAGUUCCUGCUCCACUUAACCCUGCUCCCAUGCCCCCGGCUCCUGUUGCUGAGGAGGUCCCUGAUCCUCCGGACCCUGCUCCCGUGCUCCCAGCUCCCAUGACCCCAGUCCCUGUCCCUGAAGAGAUCCUGGACUAUCGGACCACCGCUCCUCCCCCCUUGGUGGAGGAGGAGCUUGAGUGGUACCCCUUGGGGAUUUUCCUGAUUGCCCCACUGAACCCCUACAGUGGGUAA